CCCUAAUACAAGGAAGCAUUUAAAGACUGACCCUGUCAGUGAUGUGAGCCACUGCUUUUCAGCAGCUCAGCUGGACUGUGAUCUCACUAUGUCUAUCCACUGUGAACUGCUAAUACUGAUACUUACACUGACUCUUGGUGGUCAAGUUCAUACAGGGAAAGUCAUUGGAGGUCAUGAGGCUGUGCCACAUAGCAGACCCUACAUGGUGCUUUUGGAGAGGCACAUGCAGGAUGGUAAAACCAGACACUGCGGUGGCUUCCUUCUGAGUGAGGACUUUGUGAUGACUGCAGCCCACUGCCGGGCCUGUUCCUACACAGUCUUCCUAGGAAUUCACAAUUACAAAAUAAGAAAUGGAAUCCAGCGUAUAUCUGUGGUACAAACAUUUCCACACAAAGGCUAUGAUAAAAAUGAUUUCAGCAAUGACAUAAUGCUUCUUAAGUUGAGCUCCAAGGCAAAAUACAGCGCAAAUGUGCAACCUAUUGCACUGGCAGAUCAAAAUGAUUGCUCUAUGCCAAAAUCCUGUAGAGUCUCCGGUUGGGGAGCAACAGACAACACCACAAAGGGCAUGUCUUUCGUACUCAUGGAAGCCAAUGUAACAAUAAUUGACAGUAAGGAGUGUGAAAAGGAAAACUCAUACUGCACUAAGGGAGCAACUGGACCUGGUAAGGGAGACUCCGGAGGUCCGCUGGUCUGUGGUGGAAAGGCGUACGGUGUGGUGUCCUCAGUUUACCUAAACAAAUAUAUUUAUGCUAAGAUUCCUGACUACAGAAGCUGGAUUGAUUUGAUUAUGAACUAACAUUGAAAGCUCCAAUUCAUCAUCAUUUUGAAUUGAAUGUGUGUAUAACAUUGGGGAGCUGAUAAUUGAGAUGCUAAUAUUACAACUUAUUCCAAAGCCAUGAGAUUGUCAGAACAAAGACUGGACUUGCUUACUUUAUCCAGAUUUAUUUCAAAUGUGCUUCACGUUGACAUUACCAAAUGACACAAAUUAACCUUCUGUUUGAGAAAGUGAGUCAAAAGAGUGAAAAUAUAUUAAUGUAAUUCAGUUUAUUUUUGGCAUUUUUUCAUCAUACAGCUGUUUUUUUUCUGCUGCUGGGGGCUUUGAACUUGACAUUUUAUUUGAAUAAACAUUAAUCCGAGCAAAUUUGAUCCAAGUACAUGCAGGUUUUUUUUUAGCAAUCAUGACACAUUCAUUAGACUUAUUAUAGACUCAAUACUGUUUAAUAAAUGUAAUAUCUUCAGACAAUCUACGUCAUCCUGCUCAUAAAUAUAACAGUAUUUGCAUUAUCUACAUUA